AUGUCGACUGUUAACGCUUCCGACAUCGCGAACGCGCUGACACGCAAGUACGCCAACGGAGAUCAAGUUCGCACCCACAUCUUUGCGGCCUUUGCCGCCAUCGCCUGGUAUAAUGCCAUUGAACUCAUAAUCCUGUGCUUUGUCUCCUUCAAGCGACAUCGCGGUUGCUACUUUUGGAGUUUGCUCAUCGCCUCUUCCGCCAUCAUCCCACACUGCCUAGGCUAUGUCCUUCUCUUCUUCCCUACAGGAGUCUCACCCUAUGUCUGCGUCACAUUGAUUAUCGUCGGCUGGAUCGCCAUGGUGACAGGCCAAUCCAUGGUACUCUGGUCUCGCCUCCAUCUGGUCUUGCAAAAUACAAAAGUACUGUGGGGGGUGUUAUGGAUGAUCAUCAUCGAUGCCGUCCUCUUCCAUGUUCCCACCACCGUAUUGCUCUAUGGGACCGCCGCCGCGCCGAGCAGUGUCUGGGAUAGUGGGUACAAUAUUAUGGAGCGGAUCCAGCUCGUUGGGUUCUGCAUCCAGGAGCUGCUCAUCUCUGGUAUAUACGUGUGGGAGACUGGGAAGCUGUUGCGGCUACGCCCGGAGGGCCGACCUCAAGGUAUUCUCCAUCAACUUCUUUUCAUCAACAUCAUCAUCCUUAUCCUCGACGUCGCCAUCGUCGCCAUUGAAUACGUUGGCUUCUAUGCCGUCCAGGUCAUGUUCAAGCCCGUGGCCUAUAGCAUCAAACUAAAACUCGAAUACGCCAUUCUUGGAAGACUCGUCGCUAUCGCCCGGGGAUCCUACGAGGAUGAUCAACCCUCCAGUUCCCGCGACAUCAUGUCAUUCCCUUCAUCACAAGAGACUCAAUCACCGAACGAGCCUCGUCACAACAACCACCGCAAAUAUAGCCUGCCCUGGUUUUGGGAGACUUCACAUCGCUCGAGUUGCACAUCCUCGGGGAACUGA